AACGCUUUUGCUGUAGAUUGGGCUUCCCCGAAAUCUUUGCGGAUGAGUCCCGCGCCAGGAGCUCGGCAUUGUGGCCCGGUCUCCUAUCUGCUUCUUCUUGGAAACGGCGUCAGAGAGCAGCUGAGCAAAGGCUUAACAUUUCAAACGUCUGGCGGUAGGCUGUAAAGUUUCCACCCCGAAAACAGUGUCAUGCGGCAGUAGCAGUAGGGUUGGUGCAGGACACCUCGGCACAUGCUUUGGUGCUGUAGGAAUGAGUUUUCUGUAAAGCUUUGCGCACAGCCACUCCAAACCAGGGGCCUCGUUUUUUUUCUCUCUCUCUUUUUUGUUUGCUCGUUUAGAAAGGAGCUGUUCUGUUUCUGUUUACGUGUAAUUCUCCUGAUUGAAUUGUUACAUAUAUAUUGGAAGAUUUCUAUUUAAACACCCUCCUGUUGAAACUGAGCUGCAUUGUAUUGUGCCUCGAGAAUCCUGUUUAACCAUUUGCGUAAAGGUUAACUCAGUCAAGCACCAGGAAAGCAGAUUCGCAGCGGAACUCCCUCAGUAUUAGUCAUAGAUGUCCGCUCAGCUGGGAGGAGGCCUGCAGCCGGAGACCACAGUAAAACUUGAGGAACUAAAAUCUGAAGAAGUUUUUGAUGUGACAAGGCCUGACGGAUGUCCCCGGGACGGAGGAGAAAAUAAAGUGGUUCUGUUCCCGGAGGGACAGCAGCAGCAGCCCCAGAUGAAGCCGCGCAAGAUGACUCGCAGUCCAAAAUGCGCCCGCUGUCGAAACCAUGGCGUCGUUUCUUGUCUGAAAGGCCACAAACGCUUUUGCCGCUGGAGGGACUGCCGCUGUGCCUGCUGCCUGCUGGUGGUGGAGCGCCAGCGCGUCAUGGCGGCGCAGGUCGCUCUCAGACGGCAGCAGGCUGCGGAGGUGAGACGAGCACAGGGGCAGGGCAAGAAGGGGGUCAGGUGUGCAGCUCCACUGCGCAGAACGGCAUAUCAGUGUUACACCAGAGCGGCCGAGUCGAGCAUCGUGGCCAAGAGCAUCCUGCAGGGGAUCAAACCUGCGGUGCCUCCAGAGGACGACACCCCUUGCUGGUCGAAGCAGAUGCAACGUGACCAAACACACUUUACGUGCCCCUCCAUCAGCGCCCGGAUGAGGAAGAGACGAGCGUUUGCAGACAAAGAGCUGGAAAAUGUGAUGCUGGAGCAUGAACUGAGACAGAGGGAGCUGCAGAAUGACCUUUUCCCCCCCUCUGCCCUCCUUCCUAUGCUUCAGCCUCCACCCUUGCCCAUCUCCCCUGGUCUCCACUGCUGCCCACCCAGCAAGGAUCCCACAACUGAAGGGCAAUCUAGCUAUGUGCCCCUGUGCAGAUACAAGCCCUUUUAUGAGUGUGACUUCCAGCUUUAUCAGUUCUUUCCCCUGAAGAGCAGGUACUCCACAGGAAAUGACUAUAAUGACUUUUUGUUAUGUCAGAGCUCCCAGCCAAGCAGGCAGGAGAAGGAGGUGCAGAAUGGAUGGAAAGACAGCGAGAAGACAAAACAAGCAGAGGUCAUUCCUUCGACAUCCAUACAAAGACUCCGAAAUGAUGGCAAGGCCAUGUCAUGUGCUAUUCCUGUCAAAUCCCCUUCAAAACGAGCAGAAAUAAUGGACUUAAAUGGCUCUUCAACAGUCACACUUGCUAUUUCUGCAUCAGAUCAGAGUGUCCUGGGUCAGCCAGACAUCAGCGCACCCAGCAGGACUUUUGAUCCCAGACCUUUGACAGCUAAGAGCUGGAGCUCAGACACUCCUGCCGCCCAGGCAGCUCCUCAUGCCGACUCUGUUAAGAGCCCUCACGGCGGCUCAAUCAGGACUCCGGCUGUGAGGCCAUUACCUUUUUCUGUAGAGGCUUUGCUGAGGGCCUGACAGACAACUGCAAGCAGAGUAUAGUGCAUACUUUAUUAUGCACAACCCAACCUGAACUGUCUGAAUAUAAUUACAAAAAUUGAUUUUAUGGUACAGGUUUGGAAACGCUAUUCUGUAAAGUGCCAAAAGUGAGAGAUUUUUUAAAAAGUAUUUCUAUAGAGUAAAAUCACAGUGUUUGUGUUUUUUAUUUCCAUGAAAAGUUAUUUUACUAUAUUUUAUCUAUUGAAAAAAGUAAAGCUAAAAGAUAUGUAUAUGUGCUACAAUACCAUAUUUGUAUUUCCAUUCUGGGCUAAUUACAUCUUGCACCAUGCAUACUUUGAAAAAGUGUUUUCUUUUUUUAUCAUCCCAUGUCAGUAGUGCCAUAAAAAUCUACUGAACCACUCUGUCUGGACUGUCUUUCAUCAGUCACGCCUUAUUGUCUUUAUCCUCAGAAGAAAUACACAAUACAGACAUAAAACAAAGCCAAUGAAAAAGUCAAGUGCUUGUUGAACUUGUGCCCAUUCCUUACUCGAUGCUCUGAUUUUAAACUUGCAGUGCAGAUGUCCCUGGCUGAUUUCUCUGGUGCUCUCACAGGGCUGUUUAGGGUCUAAACAAGGUGCUGCUGCUCAGAAAUAGAGCACCAGGUGAAGCUGGUUGUUUGUCAAGGAGACAGUUAAAGCACAAAGACUUUCAUAAACAGCUUAAUAUUUAUCUACUCCUUUUUUUUCACCAAAGAAUAAAUGCAAUGUGCUUUAAAUAUUUAUCAGCAUUUGAUAAGCUUUGUAGUUCUUCAGAUGGAAUACAUGUUGCCAUUCUGACAUUAUGACUGUAUAAAUAUUGAUCACACAGCACGCGGUUCAAUAUUUCACACAGUAUCAUUUCAUCACACCAGCAGACUGAGGGGAUAUGGGAAAUGCUCACCAAAAGGUUGACUGGGAGGCUGCCAGUGUUGCCUAGGCGACAUUGUUCUUUAUUGUAUGCUGAGCCUGACGCCAGCCGAGUUUGUUUGAACACGCAUUUGAUCUAUAUCCGGUUUUUACUUCUUUUUCUUCUCCAGUUUUUUUUUGUUCUGCUCUGUAAUCUCGCAGAGAUGGAGGUCAGAUACUUUUGACAACUCGGGACCUUGUGGCGUCAACACAGCGGUGAUAGCGCAGAGCCUUUGUUUGCGAGAGUCUACCAGCAUAUCGGAGUGCCUCUCUCCCCCGUGUCUUUUCACAGACAGACAGGGAAGGGAGAUUGGCACAAAAAGGGGGAAAAAAGAAGAUGAGAUUUUGAGCAUGCAGUCGCAGAAGGUGGGGCGUCCUGUUUUAUUGCGCGCUAUCUGUGUCAUUUUUUUUUAAACAAAAAUUAAAACCUGUUCUUUUCCAGGGAACACAAAUGGUCAAUUUCACAAAAGAUACACAUCAGUCACUGAGAGCUGAUAAUGACUUCUGUGAAGAAUAACACAAAUGAUCUAAAUCAGCUUCUCCUCACCUGGAGGAAAAAAGCUAAUUUAUCUGCUUCCUUUCGUUUUUGUAGUGUCCCUGUAGCCAAGCUUUGUGUCAGCUUAAUAGGCAGUGAGUGCUCUGAAAUGUCAAUCACUCUCCAAAGAUCUUGUUAGGACUGUGGAAAAACAGAUUAGCUUUAAUUAUACUCUGUGCUCUUUUCAUAUGAUAUUGCACCUCCAAAAAAUCCAUCCAGAAGCAGAAGACUGAAUGGGUUUCACUGCAUUUAAAAUACACUUCUGCAAUGGAGGUCACUUCAUGGGCUGAAAACUGAUGCUGGUGAACACAUCAUAUUGCUGGACAAAUACAUGUUAAAACUUAAGCCUCCCUCAAUAUUAUUUAUAAAUAAGAUUCAAGUGCUGCUGCAUUCUCUGGACCCAAAUUAGUUUAAUGCAAUCCAAUCCAACUUUAAUUAUAGGGAAGUUUAACAAAGUAGAUCAGUUAAAAGAAGGCAAUAAAAUACAAAAACACAUAUUAAGAUGCAUCGAUAAAUAAAAAUAAAACAGAAAAUUAAAAGUCUGAUGAGAAAGAUUGAGAUGUCAGAGGCAAAGAAACUGCUCUGUGGUAUGAUAAAUCUGAAUUUGAAUUACGAUUGGGCACAUCCAGGAAAAAUGAAGAAAGAAUGUGUGUGUUGGGGAGGUGGGAGGUGGUAUUUGGUAUUAGGCCAGUUUGCUGACAAAGUCAUUCCAACAGGUUAAAACACGUUUUUGAGUCUUCUCAACCCCUCUCCUUAAUUCCUGCCCUCCUCCUUUGGUCGGCCACCUCUUGCACUCUUGCGGUUCAGUCUUGCGUUGUGUCUCAUUUCCAUUUCAGCCAGAUCAAUUUC